AUGGCUUUUCUCCAUAAUAAUACUCCAGUUGUGUCACUUCAUCUCCUCUCUGUUCAUCUUUAUUUCUUCUUCUUUUUAUUGAUCAGCAUCGCUCAAUACCCACUAGCUUCACACUGCUGCCAUGACGAGGAUAGAAGUGCUCUUUUAAACUUUAAAUCAUCUUUGAACGACCCUUCAAAUCGUUUAUCAUCAUGGAAACACCAAAACUGUUGUGAUUGGCAUGGCAUUAGAUGUUCCAAUGACUCAUUUCGGGUUGUCUCGAUUGAUCUUCGGAACACCCCCCUUGAAGAUUACAUCAAAGAAACCGAACAGCCUGCUGCCUUUGUUGAUCCGCCAAGCACUUCGCUGACGGGUAAAUUUUCUGCUUCCAUUUUGAAACUUGCUCAUUUGCAGUAUCUUGAUCUUGCCUACAAUAAUUUUCAGGAAUCACAAAUCUCACGUCUGUUUUCUAAUCUAACAACACUUACUCACCUCGAUCUCUCCUUCUCAAAUUUUUCAAACUUACUCUCAACACAAUUCUCCAACCUAUCAUCUUUACAAUACCUCGACUUGUCUUGCAUAGGAUCAAUUUACGCAACCUCUUGCUUGCAAAUAUCAUCUACAAAAUGGGCGAGAGGUUUAGUGAAUCUCAAGGUAUUAAGGUUGAGUGGUAUUGAACUCAACGCUUGGUAUCCAGUUCAGCUGGCUAAUUUAACUUCACUUUCUAUUCUUGAUUUAUCUGGCUGUAAUCUAUAUAGUUCAUCAGGUUCAAUCCCUUAUCUUCCUCAACUCAAAGAGUUUGACGUGAGUUAUAAUCAGGAUCUUCAUGUCGAUCUAAACAGGAUGUUCGAACAUGAAUGGCCUAAUCUAAACAAACUUUGGAUAUCACAAACUUUAGUAAACAAAUCAAUUCCGAGCUCAAUAUCAAAUGCACCGUUAUUGGUCAGUCUUUCUGCAUCUUCUUGUUCAAUUCAUGGAUCUCUACCUUCUUUAUUCUAUAAUCUCUCUCGACUCCAAUAUCUCGACCUCUCUUACAAUUCCAUAACAGGUGAUCUCCGUUCUUCGAUCUCCAACUUAAACUUCCUUUACGAUCUCGACUUGUCUAACAAUAAUUUCCAAGGAUCCAUACCAAAAUCAAUCUGUGAAAUUUUCUCUCUUCAAGCGCUUCAAGUGUCAUAUAAUAAUAUAACAGGAAUUCUGCCAAGCUGCAUGUCAAAGCUCAAAAACCUUGAGUACUUUGGAGCUGCCCAGAACAAAAUUGCGGGCAAUGUUUCUUUGUUCUCUUUGAUCGGUGAAAACCUUAUUGAACUGGAUAUGAGGUUUAAUAGUCAGCUAAACCUAGAUAUGAGGUGGUUACAUUUGGAUCAACGUAAGCUUAGUCUGAGAUCUCUAAGGUUGUUGUCAUGCAAUCUCAAAGGAUCAUUCCCUAUUUCCUUGUGUAAUCUGACCAAUCUUGUGUUUUUGGGUCUGUCUGAAAAUAGUUUGACAGGAACUAUCCCUUCUUGUCUCUUCAAACUCAAAAAUCUUCGUAAGAUAUUUCUGUCAGGGAACAAACUUGAGGGUUCAGUGCCUCUUCCACCUCAAGGUGUGGAGAGGUUUGAUUUAUCAAAGAACAAGUUCAGUGGUGAAAUCUCAUUAGAAUUUGGAAAAAGACUUUCUGAUGCUUACACCAUCAUUCUAGCUGGUAAUGAGCUUUCAGGUUCAAUUCCGCUUACUCUAUGUCCGGCAGAGCCAGGAGAUGGCUUCACAUCUAUUCAAGUUAUUGAUCUGUCUAACAACAAACUAUCUGGGACCAUACCUUCAAACAUAGGGUACUGCGAAAGCCUUGUUCGUCUACAACUUGGCAACAACAAUCUCACCGGCAAAGUUCCAGAUGAGCUUAAAUUAUUAAAACAGAUGAAGUUUCUCCAGCUGAACAACAACCUGCUCGUUGGUACUCCUCUUAAUGUCAUCUGUGAAUUUGACCGGUUGGAAUUUCUUAACUUGGCGAAUAACAGCUUUGAAGGCAGUAUACCAGCUGCUCUUGGUUCACUCGAGUACUUAAGAUUUCUUUCUUUAAGGUCAAACAAAUUUAAUGGAUCCAUACCCGAAGAGAUUAUUCAUUUACAGAAACUCCAGCUAUUAGAUUUAUCGCUAAACAAUUUCACAGGCGAUAUUCCGAACAAAUUAGGGAACUUGAGUGGAAUGAUCAUAACCAGUUAUUUACUUCCAGAAGAUCUUGGUGAUGUUCAACUGUACUUGGCAACCAAAGGGAUCAUGAUACAGAUCCAGCAAUUAAACAACUACAGCUCAUCGAUUGAUCUAUCAUGCAAUCAUCUACACGGAGACAUUCCAAAAGAGAUAGGAUCGUUAACAUUGCUUAACUCACUUAAUCUGUCUAAUAAUCAUUUCUCUGAUGGUAUCCCAGCAAGUAUCGGAAAUUUGUCUGGGCUACAGUCUCUGGAUUUGAGUUCCAAUAAUCUGUCCGGGCAUAUCCCACAAUCUUUGGCAGUAAUUGAUACUCUUGCGGUUCUAAAUUUAUCUUCUAAUAAGUUGAGCGGCAAGAUUCCUCGUAGUCCUCACUUUGAUACAUUAAGUGUGGAGGGCUAUGCUUUUUCUGGGAAUGAGUUAUUAUGUGGAUAUCCUAUAAAAAAUCUUUGCGAUCCCAAAGCUAGUACAGGGGAUGCUAACCCUUCAAAUGAGUUUGAUGAAGUCGAUGGAGAGGGUGUAGAAGAGAAGUUGCUGUUGUAUGCUAUUAUUGCGUUGGGUUUUAUAGUUGGAUUUUGGGGUUUUUUUCUUAUUUUGUUUCUAAAAAGACAAAAAUGGUGGUUUCCCUAUUGGAAAAUUGUUGAUUCUGUUGCUGUAAAAAUAAUCAAAAUUGUUUCUCAUCCCGGGAAAAAAAUCCCGUAG